CAGACAGUGGCAGGGCAAGUGCAGUGCAGCCUGUAGGUUGUGUGGUUUGCUGUCUCAAGGGCAAGAGAAGGGCUACAGUACACAAAAGAGGGCUAUUUCAACACUGAUGGCGCAUCAAAGGCAUUUUCUCCAGUUUGGUUGUUUAUGCUUGGUUUAAAGAGAGCAAAUGGAUGUCCAAAUGGUGUUUGGGGGGCCGGAUACUGUGCUCCUGGCCAAUACUCCUGACGCAGGAAGUGGCUGUCUGAAGCAUCCCUGUGAGGAGCAGGAAAGAAGCUCCAGCCCAUCUGUCUUUCGUUCUGUGACCACCACAUGGAAAGAGGGUCUAUUAAAUCGAAAGAGACCAUUUGUUGGAAGGUGCUGUCACUCUUGCACACCCCAGAGUCAGGAGAGGCUCUUCAAUCCCAGCAUCCCCUCACUAGGGCUCCGUAAUGUGAUUUACAUCAAUGAAACGCACACAAGACACAGAGGUUGGCUAGCACGGAGAUUGAGUUAUGUUCUGUUUGUCUUGGAGAGAGAUGUCCAGAAGGACAUGUUUGCUCGAAACGUGGUGGAGAACGUGCUCAACAACAGCAGGGUGGAAAGCGCUAUUGUGGAUGUAGCGGCUGAUGGUGGUAAUGUAGAUGCAGAGUCUGGAGUGGAUCCCAAAGCUGCCAGUAAAGUAAGACGGAAGGCCAGAGGAUUCCUACAAGAAAUGGUGGCCAAUAUCUCACCUGCCUUUAUCAGAUUAACAGGAUGGGUGUUGUUGAAACUAUUUAAUGGCUUCUUCUGGAGCAUUCAGAUUCAUAAAGGUCAGCUGGAGAUGGUGAAGAAAGCAGCAUCUGAGUACAAUGCUCCUCUGGUCUUCCUUCCUGUUCACAAGUCCCACAUAGACUACCUGCUCAUCACCUUCAUCCUCUUCUGUCACAACAUUAAAGCACCUCAUAUCGCCGCCGGCAACAACCUCAACAUCCCCAUCUUAAGUACACUGAUUUGCAAACUUGGGGGAUUCUUCAUUCGGCGUAAAAUGGAUGAAACCUCAGAUGGAAAAAAGGAUUUGUUAUACAGAUCGCUGUUACACGCAUACACGGAAGAAUUGUUGCGGCAGCAGCAGUUUCUGGAGGUGUAUUUAGAGGGCACGCGCUCUCGCAGCGGAAAGCCAUCUCCAGCACGUGCGGGCAUGCUCUCCAUCGUGGUUGAAACACUCUGCAUCAGCAGCAUCCCAGAUGUUCUCAUCGUGCCUGUUGGCAUCUCAUAUGAUCGUAUAAUUGAAGGAAACUACAACAGCGAGCAGCUGGGAAAACCUAAGAAGAAUGAGAGUUUGUGGGGUGUGGCCUGCGGUGUGUUCAGAAUGCUUAGGAAGAACUAUGGCUGUGUUCGUGUGGAUUUCACUCAGCCCUUCUCUCUUAAGGAGUACCUGGACACACAACGCUGUCGGCAUCUCCAAGCCCCCCUCACACUGGAGCAGAUCUUACUCCCUACCAUCAUUGCUGCACAGCCUGAUCAGGCUGUGAUUAAUAGAGAAGAGGAAGAUCGUCUCAAUUCUAGAGACCUUUCAGAUGAGCCCUGGAGGAGGCAGGUCAUCUCUAACUUGGCCAAGCACAUACUCUUCACUGCCAAUAAGUCAUCAGCAAUCAUGUCCACUCAUAUCGUGGCCUGUCUCCUUCUGUACCGACACAGAAAUGGUGUGCUGCUGUCUAAACUGGUGGAGGAUUUCUUCAAUAUGAAGGAAGAGAUCUUAUCACGGGACUUUGACCUGGGCUUCUCUGGGAACUCUGAGGACGUGGUCAUGCAUGCACUCAGCCUUCUGGGAAACUGUGUGAAUGUCACCAGCACCAAAAGAAACACAGAGUUCAUCAUUGCCCCCAGCAACACUGUGCCUGCACUCUUUGAGCUCAAUUUCUACAGCAAUGGCCUUUUCCACGUUUUCAUUGCCGAUUCCAUUAUAGCUUGCAGCACACUGGCCCUGCUGAGAGAGCAAGCUGCAGUAACUUCAGAGAGUGAGCAGAAUUCUUUCUCUACAUUGCUCAGUCAAGAGAAACUGAUCCGCAGAGCUGCAGGCCUCUCCCACUUCCUGUCCAAUGAGGUGGCAGUGGCACUGCCGUGUCAGACUUUAUAUCAGGUCUUCCAUGAUGCUAUCACCAGGUUAAUCGAGUAUGGCAUCCUGAUUGUGGCUGAGGAGGACCAGGAGGAGUUAAGCCCAUCUGAGGAGCCUUGGCCCAAGAAGUUUCCAGAGGCUCUUUCCUGGCGAAGCGAUGAGGAGGAUGAAGACAGUGAUUUUGGAGAUGAACAGAGAGACCGUUACCUAAAGGUGAGCCUAUCUGCUGAGCACCAGGAAUUUUUCACUUUCCUGCAGAAGAUUGUCACCCCUGUGCUGGAGGCCUACAGUGGUGCAGCUAUUUUUAUACACAGCCUGAGUUCACCCAGGUCAGAAAGAGAGUACACCCAGCAGCUUUUCAGAUAUCUGCUAACGAGAACAGAGAGAGGAGUGGCUGCAUAUGGAGAGAGUGCCACACACUACCUCGUAAAGAAUACGGUGAAAACAUUCAAAGAGCUUGGGGUGCUUAAAGAAAGACGAGAUGGUGCUGUGUGUCAUCUGGAGCUGAGCAGUGCUUUCUUACCUCAGGCCAACAGGAACAAACUCCUGCAGUACAUUCUGGGUUUCAGCCUGCUGUGAGCAACGUGCUAGGACCAUCAACACAGCUGCCCAGAUCAUUUUCCCUUUUGCCAUCCCACUCAAGGGCUUUUUACUGGUUAGCCAUGACUGUCAAAGGUGCUAUUCUAAGGAAAGCUUUACCUGGAAGUGCCUUCACUGAACGCCUCAUAUUAGACUUGAGUUAGUCUUCCUUUCACUGUAAAACCUGCCACUUAUGCACCACUGAAAACGCAACUAAUUCAGUAGUUAGUUCAUUCUACUGGAAGCUUCCACUAACACAGUGAUUGUGGAUUACUGUACUACUUUCGCCGGUGAAAGCCCUUGGUUUUAAGCUAAACCUUUUUUCUUCUUUUUUUUUCUAGCUCUGGGCAUUUAUAUGGUCUCAGUUUGUCUGGGUUUUAGUUUGAACUCAGAUCAGAAUAUGAAUGUCACUCUUUAUGAGAACAGGUUGCCUUCAGUUUUAACAAACAUACUUCACCAAGGUAAUAGCGAGUGUACAGAAAUCUUUAAAAAGGGCAUUUAUGGUAAUAAAUCACUAGUGCUGUUAGAUCAUUUAAAGAGAACAACAUUCUAGCCUUCACUAUAAAUAAACUUGUCGCAGAUAUAUGGAAUAAAGAGUUGACUAUGCAGACAAUUGAGUGUCAACUGUUGAUAAUGGCCAAGUGGAAAUAGUGACUCAUACUGAAAAUUGCACACAACAGUCACAUGAAGACUUUGAAAGGGACAACGUAGUUACUGAGACUGCGCAGUUAAUGGGUCGUUGAAGGUCGGUACUUGUUUAUUCGCAUAGUCACUUCCCAUGGGUGCGAUUGGAUAUCCAUGAAGGAUAGUUACAGUUAAUGUCUAUUGUGUAAUAUGCAAACAGUAGAUAAAUGCAAUGGCCAGGAGUAUCGUGUGCAUCAACAGGGGAAUCAUUACUGGAAAUUGAGCUUGCCUGACCAUUGCAGGAUUGUUCACAGAUCUUAUCUGUAAUAUUUUAAGAAGUCCCCUUGCAGCCAAGCCCUUUUGUUCCAGCCUCAGUUACUGUUAGUUAUAAUUUAUAUAAGGGAUAAGAUGCUCUGCAAUUCAUUUUCUGUACAUCAGUGAGUGUGUGCAUGUGUGCAAUAUGUCUGUAGUAUGUGUAUUAGACUGUAUUAAUGCCACAAGCCUGUCUCAAAGCACAAAUAACAAGAAAGCUGAAAAGGCAUUUUUGCCUUGAUAACCACAUACUCAAAAGUGCAAUGUUGUGUUUGUUAGAAAAUGGAUUGAGAGGUUAUAGAAAGUCAAGAGAACCCUGUAAUUGUGCAUUGACAUUUUAAUUGUUAUCAGGUGUGACAAAAGACUUGACCAUUUAAGGUCCCAACAGUUUGUUACCUCCAUCUUCAUUCCAUUUUCUAAGCCUUUUUCUGCUAAUUCGUCAUUAUCUUUUUCAUUUGUUGUGCAAUCCAGACUGUGACUCAUGACUGUUUUGUCAAGUAAUUUUAGUGAAUGUGUAAAGCUAUUCUAGGAAAAAGGAACUCCUUUUGAGUCAGCCCAUAAGCAUGGUUGUGGGAGAGAUCUAUAUUAAGUAGGGACUAUCCAGUGCUUCAGCUGCAUUACACAGGAUAUAGUACUGCAAGAAUGUAGCUGGUAUGGUGUACACCUAGGGUAGAUUACUGGGAAAACUUUGGAAUACGAUACAGGGUUCCCACAGUCAUGGAAACUAAAAUAAAACUAAAAUUAUCCAGACUGAUCAAGAUGAAUUCGGAAACAGUAGGUCGAAAGUUUUGCUGCUGAAAUUGUUCUGUGCUUAAUGAAAUUUGAAUUGCUGCCCCAGUGGCCGAAGCUGGAAUGUAUGGACACAUGUGAGCUGCAGUGGCUCCAACAGCAAGUUCUAUUUUUAGUUGUAAAUUAUGUACUACAAUUAACAAGAAUGCAUAUUAACUCCACCCCCUAACCUAAACCCCAACUCUAAACUAUCUGUCAGUGGAGUAAAAAUUAGAUUUUUGAGUGUAAAUUUAUGUGAACACUGUUAUUUCCUGGAUCCUACAGAUGUUCUUCAUGCAACACUAGUGCAGUCAGGAGCGCUGAUGUCUGAUGAUGGGAAAUGCCACUUUUCAGUAAUUCAGCUCAGUGUGGUUGAUUUCAGGGUGCUUGAACUUUUGGAAGGAACAUGUCAAUUUCCUGUGUGAUCGUGUAUAUUUCCAGGGCAGGAAAAGUCAUGGAAAUUUUGUGGUUGGUGAAUAGAAAUGUUUCUAUAUAACUAGUAAUAAGCUAGAAAUUACUCUUUGUGGGUGCAAUGUCUAAAAAAUAAUGAUGUUUUUCCAGUUAUCAAGAACAAUUGGAAAAGUAAUUGAAUGGAAUUUCAAUAGUCACAAUGUGUGGGAACCCUAAUUCAAUAUUAUACUUGAAGCAAUUUUGAAAAUGUUUUUGAGCUAUCUGAGCAUUGAAAGGUUGGGUUAAGUAACUUGUAUUCCACUAAUAUUGUUAAAAAGGUCUUGAAUUUAUUACACACAAGUCAUAUUUUGGUGUAGUUACCCAUGUUGUUCCAUGCACAAAAAUAGCUCUUUGUCAAUAUGGCAGCAAAUAUGAAGGUAAAACAAGCAAUACAAUGAUUUUAAAUCAAAGGUGACAGAAGAAUUAGUAAGAAAGUAUGUGAUUCCUAAUAGUUGUUGGAGUAUGUUCAAACACUAAGGACAAUUGCUCACUGUAUAUUUGAUAGUUACAUGACUAUUAAGAACCACAUGCAUUUAUCUUUCAACAGACAUCAUUUGUUCCAUUUUCAUUGAUGUGGUCAUAUACUCAUCUUAACCCAGGUGAAAUGUGGGUUAUUGCUCAGCUAUAGAUCCCAGAGACAUUAAAUGUGAACAAUACAUUUACAUUUAGAUCAAAGGAUUAUUUUAAAAGAUACCCAGAAAACAAAUAUUAAGGCAGUCAAAUGUAAUAUCGCUCAUAUCAAAUAAUAAUGCUGUUUUCCUUCACAUUGGCAUCUUAGUUAUAAUAUACAGGUAGCAUUUUAAAAUCAACUUUUUAUAGAAUGUAGAGAUCCCACAAUUGUCUUGUGGGAUGGAGACAUUAUGUUCACUCUGGCAUCUGGUGGGGUUUCUUACCAGAAAGCUCUAAAAUCUUGCUGACAGAAUGCCAUUAAUUUUAUGCUGUUUAAAUAUUAACUAGGCUUAUAUACUUUGGCAUGUUUCUUGAGUGUAGUGUUGUGUAGUAAAAGAGGAAAUUACCCUAGCACUGAAGUCAGACUUAGUGUUGCUUACUCAUGUCUUUACCCAUUGUUUUUUGUCAAACGAUGACAUUUUCAUGACCUGUAGCAGAUUUUUUUUUAAUAAAUGAAUGUUA